AUGACCACCAAUCUGCGUCGUCGCCAGGCGGCCAAAACGAACGAUGCCGGCCAGCGCGACGAGAGCGACAAAACGUCGUCGAAGCUCCAUAAAACAACUGUGCCGCAAAAACGCAAAUGCAGUGUCUCGAAUACGGAGAAAAUUCUAUUCAGGAUACCAGUGAUUCUCUUCUACGCAUUCUGGUUCAUCUUCGGUAUCCUAGUACUCCGGAAGACUCAAAAUGCGAUUGCUGCCGUUCGCUACGUGAAAAGACACGGGGACUCCGUAGCGCAGGAGAUCAUUGAGAAUUCUCAAGAGUUCGACGAUUUAAUUCACAUGCUGGAUGAGGAGUUCACAAGGCCUCCGGCAUUUCUACUACUCAACCAAUACGCACUCAAUAUGACAUAUAACUUUUUGUGCAAUACAGCCAGCCUUCCUGGUGUCCAUGAAAGGCUGAUAUUCGUCACACUGGAUACGGUGGCCAGAGAUGAACUGAGAAGAGCAUGGCCGAAUAUUCGACAGUUCCAUUGGCCAACACCAAGUCUUUACAAGCCGUUCAGUUUCGCGGAAGGCCCUUAUCAAACAAUCUACCUACUUCGGGCCAACCUAGCUGUGAGUCUACUAAGGAAAGGGAAAUCUUUUUGGAUGAUGCAACAAGACACUUUCUGGCGUAAGAACCUCUUUGAGCUCGGUUUUGAAGAUGAUAUGUCGUACGAUGCGAUCUUCGAUCAACUCGGUGUGGACGAGAACAGUAUGAGGACGAAUUGGGUGAAUGGUGCAAACUUCUUCAUCCGUGCGAACAAUGAUACGAUCAAGUUUUUCGAGAGGUUGUCAGACAAAUUGGCACAUUGGUACACACCAGACAUGGGAGUAAUGAUCCAUCAAUGCCAUACAUGGGGUCGACCACGAUGUGCUUAUUUUCCCUACGAACUAGCACACUCAUGGGAAUGGAUGUACUCGGAGCAAAAAAAUCCUCCGUAUAUUAUGCAGUUGGACUGCGAGACAGAUGGUGGCUCCAAGUUAAUGCAACUCGGAAAGUUUGGUUUCCAGUUCGUCGAUAGAAAUGGCACCUGCGACCAUGAAAAGGUGAGGCUAGCUCGUGAACGCAUGGAAGCUGGUAAAAUUGAGGUUCGACAGAAUUUCCCGUCAUGGGGACGUCUUCAGUUCAAAGCGUAUUGGUGUAUAGUCGAAUACAUUCUAUGGACACCAUACAUCGGACCAUUGCUGAAGCCGUACUUACCACUCGUCGGCUACAUUCUCAUGAUCACUGUCUAG